AUGAGUCAAUUACCACCCACGCGAGUCACACCAUCCCGACCAUACUUCACCUCUGGCGUGGAUUACGAUGGUCCAUUGACCAUUAAGACCUGGAAGGGAAGAGGCGCCAAAAAACAGAAGGGGUGGUUGUGCAUAUUCGUGUGCUUUGUCACUUCCGCAGUGCAUCUGGAAGCGUUAAGUGACUAUACCACUGACUCAUUUCUCGCUGCAUUCAGAAGGUUCACUGGACGCAGAGGCAUCUGCAACACUCUCUACAGUGAUUGCGGCACGAAUUUCAUUGGAGCAGAUGCCACACUUAAGAAACUGUUCACUCAAGGCACUCAAGAAUUAAAUGCCUUGUGCUGCUCAUUGACCAAUGAUGGGACCACAUGUAAAUUCAACCCACCAGCAGCCCCACACAUGGAAGGGAAGUGGGAAGCACCGGUCAAAUCAGUGAAAUAUCAUUUGAACCGAACAGUAGGAGAAGCUGCGCUCACUUACGAAGAACUAAUCACCCUGCUCAUACCAAUCGAAGCAGUUCUCAACUCAAGACCGUUGGUACCGCUCUCAGAUGACCCUGACGACGUAGCAGCUCUAACACCAGCAUACUUUUUGAUCGUAGAACCGAUCACAACAGUACUAGAGCCAUCAUUGACAUACACCGCUCAAACAAGAUUAUCACGAUGGCAAUUCAUUCAACAGAGGCUCCAGUACUUUUGGUCGAGAUGGUCAGCUCAGUAUCUACAACGUCAUUUAUCGACGUCAAAGUGGCAUCACCCAUCACAUGAAAUUAAGAUUGGCUCAUUAGUCCUGAUCACAGACGAGAGGCUCCCACCAAGCAAGUGGCCUCUUGCAAGAGUCACUCAACUCCAUCCAGGAAAAGACCAGCUCACGCGUGUGGUAUCACUCAGAACUGCAACAACCACACUCGUAAGACCAAUCACGAAGCUCGCCAUUCUACCAGUACCUGUUACCGAAGAGCUGAUCAACAGGGAUCAGCAAUACAGUUGCUGA